GAUGAGAAAUGGAGUAAGAACGAAGAGAAGACAACAGAAUCUAAACCUGUAAAAGACAGAUGGGGAGAGAGAACAGAAGGGCAAAACAAAACAAAAGAUGUAAAGGCCAGGAAUUUUAAAAGGAAGAGAGACUGUCCUUUCAAUCUCCACAUAAAUCUGACCCCCUGAAUGCACACACCACAGUACUGUUGCUGUCCCGCAUCCAGCGAUCUUCUUUCACACGCCAAUGACCCCCCAGCAUCUGCCUGAAUGCCCUCGGGCUGGGCUCCCAAAGACCCCAAAGAGCCAAAGUCAACGCCCUCGACUGUUCUACAGUGACCGGAACGGUGGCGUUCACCCAGGAGCCCGACCUCUUGCCCCGCAGACGCUUCCAGAAACGAGGCAACAAGGGCCAACCGAGACAAUGAGGACGCUCGCUGUCAUCAAACAACUGGUUUGUUGAUCAACCCCAUGCAAUGGACCAGUAGGAGGCAAGAAAAUUUAUAGGCAUUGGAACAAGUUUAAAAAAAAAAAUCUUGAACUAAAUGAAUUGUUCACAGUGGCAAUGUUGUGUUUUGUUGUUGGGUUUUAGCUGUAAGCAGAGGACAGGAGUUAGCAGCCAGGCAUAUGCCGUGACCCUGGGCGGAUAUCAGGCCAAACGCCAUGGGCAGUGUGCUCAGCCGAUAAGGUCACUUUGUUGUACUGGAUCACCACAGAACAUGAUUUGGCUUUUAAGGAACGUCCUUUGUGAGAGUUACUUGGGGAGAGCUGGUGGUCCCAGGCUUACCUAAUCACAGACGGGCCUCGGGUUAAGAUUGAACUUUACCAUGAUUUUUACCAUGAGAGCUGAAUGAGAUGCACCUGGCUUUCAGCGAAGAUUACAUUGCUGCAGUGUUUACAUAUUUUUGAAGGCCAACCUGGAAGUUAGCAUUAUCCUUGACAGAAACCUAAUAGGAUUUUUUUCACCGUUUGCUUUUGGAUUAUUGCAGAAAAUUAGCUCUGUGACCUGCAAAGUUACAUGUUUUUUUCAUCAUGAUAAUCUUAACAAAUAAACACAACUUUUAUGAAUUUUGAAGCCUACACAAACAGCAGAAGCAAAGCUACACCUCGGUUGCAUGACUUCAACAUCACCAUUGAGCUUCAGCAACUCUUUCAAUCUUUAUUUAAAAAUCUUUUCCCUGAAAGUUUGAGUUAUGAUAAUGAGGCUGUGAAAGCAUUAUUGUUUUCCCAUUCAACAUAACAUUUAAUGUCCCAACAACCUCAGUAGUCUCAUUUAGCCACUUAUUAGCUACUGCCUUUUUUUCGAGGCAAGUAAAAGCUGUAAAUAUGUUUAGCUAUAUUUAUGUUGUAGAAUAAAAUGUGAAAAAAUAUCUUGAGCUCGUGUUCACCACAAACCUUUUAACCAAAAACCCCUUCAAAAUGCCUAUUGACUUGGGAUGAUGGAACUGGACGUCUCUAGGUUUUGGCCAACAAAAAUAAGUCAUCCCUGCGGCACUCUAUAGCUUUACAUCUCACCUAACUCAAGGUUAAAUGAGUGCAAAUAUUGGGUGCACUACAGUGGCGGUGUUAUACAUUUUACCAGAAAACUAUGCAACAAUAACAAUGUCCUCGUUGUUCGUGGGGCAUUAUUUCAGUAGUUGCUUACGUAGUUGCACUGGAACAUAGACACUGUAAUGGAAAGUGACACAAAUUGAAACACAAAUUGAAACCUUACGCCCCCGUAGAGACAUUUUUUGGAAAAUUUACUCUGGGGUUAUAAUGCAGGCUGUGUGAGGAAACCGACGUGUUAAAGGAAAGAGAGAUUAUUAGUGCAAAUUCAAGAAUGUGUGAGUGGAGAGAAACGUUCAAUAUUUUUGUAGAUCUGCUAUGAAAAAAAAAUUAAAGUCGUUUGGGUACAAAUGUUGGUCAUUUGCAUAUAUUCUGGGACGUUUGUACAUUUUCAUUUAGAGGUAGAUUUAGGCUAAAAAUUGUAUCUUGAGUCACAGCAGUGAACCUUUAUUUUCCUUCUUUGGCAUAUAAUACUGAAAGACUCUAGCUGUUUUUGAGGAAACGACACUCGCGCACGUUAAGGCUGAGGUCACGUACGUCGAAACCACUCUGUUUCAGAUUGCUGUAGACCAGGAUUCUGCAUAAAGAUAGGUUAUCCGGACCGAAGCGCCUUCGCUGUGGUCUGUGGCUUUGCCAGAGUCUGUGGGCUGCCGGGCAAAUCUACAGCUAUCAGACCACAAGGCCUGUGGUGGUGAACUGGAGAUAAACGAACCGCUCACCACACCCCUCACUAAAAUUACCACACACACUGCCUUAAACUGCUGGCUGUCACCUGAGGUGAUGCUUUGUACUGUAAUCCUUUUUCUAAAGGUUUGUUGUGGCUGAAUCCAUUGCAUUAAAUGUCCUUUCGCUUUCAGAAUUUAACUAUUUAAUUUACGAUUAAAAAUGAUCUUUCCCGUGUCGUUUCCAUUUCCCACAAUAGCUAUGUAAUAGGAUGUAUCCCCAUGUCCUGCAGUGAAUUAUAAUCUAAUUUGUGUCAGAGCUGUAUUAAAUCCAUUUGCACUUUCUGAAGACGUCCUCUUUUAGAUGAGAAAAUGUUAAGAGCAGCAGUCGAAGCCAAGACUCGCAUUCUUGCCACUUUGUUGCUUGGGAGUAACUGUGUUUUUCUUGGGAUUUCUGGCUCGCCCUCUCUCUCCAGCUUCCAUUUCUCCUCAAAGUGAACAGCAGAAGACCGUUACAGAAUACCAAGAAAAGAAGCGGCGGGGAAAAAAAAGAGAAUGUUUUGUAAUUCAAAACUGCAUUUAGAGGGCCAGAUUAAAACAAGAGAGGAGACUCAUAUGCCAGUUUUCUUGUGUCUAUCAAAAAAAAGGUUACACAUCAGGAGCCAGCAGCUGAAGUCAUUUUAGCAGAAGUUUUCUUUUUUUUUUUUUUGGAGUGGGACAGAUAUUUUUCAGCAAAUAUUUGCCCUGUCUUAUUUGUGACCAUACUGUAUCUAAUCUGGAAUGCUGCAUUGAAAAGUUUAUUACAAAAAAGUAAUAAUUUGAAACAUUACCUAUUAUUAUUUUCGUAAUGUAAAUUUAUUUGAAAACCUUUUUGUUUUCAUGAUCUUAAUUUAUCUUCAGUUUGCUUGUAAAGCUGUCAAAUAGGUCCUGCACACUGUAAAAUUGAUGAUGAUAAUAAUAGUUGUAUUACAGAGUUAUCAUUUAUGACAUAAUUAUUUGCAAAUAAAAAAAACAUUUGUCUUCUAGUUUGAGGAACAGGCCAUUCACAGGAAUCUCUGAACCAUUGCAUAUUUAGAAAGUGUGUUUGUUUAGGGCUGUUUGUUUUAUUUUGUGUUGUUUUGGUCAUAUCUAUAGCAUUAUUUGUGGUAUUUAGUAUGUAGACACUGCUGUUUUUUUUUUUAAAUUGUGAUAAUAACCUUCAGUCGUCAUGUGGUCAUAGUAACAAACUUUAAUGGUUCAAGUAUGAGGUAGCAUAUAAUUUAAUGACACCUAUACAGUUAGUAAUUUUAUAAUGGAAACUGCUUGUAACAUCGCCACUGUUUUUACAAUAAAGUUCUGGCAACCGCUGCAGUGUAGUUAAAAUAUCAUAUCUGAGCACACCAAAAUUUUAGUGACCCCUCUUCCAAAUAAAUACUGCUGAUGUCCUUUCAGGUCAGAAGCACAGCACAGGUUUCUGCAGCAGCCUGCGCUGCACUGAGAGCCUUUUCAACUGUAGUUUAUUACAGCUGAUGUCUUGUCUUCUGCCAGGUAUUAAAACAGCAUGACUCAGCCUACGCUGCAUUGCGGUCACAUUAAGAGGUCCUGUGGUGAGCAGGGCAGCGCUAGACUCUCAUUAACUUGAGCCGUGAUUUCAGUGAUGCUGAACCCGCUCCGGUCUCACUCUCGCUCGCGCUGUGCGAGCGCAAUUAACGGCGAGCUCGGUUCGCUCCAAACUCGACCUGGAACGCAUUAUUCGAUCGUUAAAAAACGAAGUUUACUGUUGGUUCUAAUUGUUCCGUGUGAAAUAGAGCCAAUGGGGAAGGUUUCUCACAGAAGUUGCAGUGAGAAGUUUUGUUUUCAGCUCCGUCAGAAGGUCGUCGGCCACUCAUUGCAAUAAACUCACAUCGGGCAUUUAACAGUUCCACAGAAUUCGAUUACAAGGUGAUAAACACACCUUUUGAUGAUCAAAACAGAAGCUGAAUUAUCUUCUCGGUAGCAGUGCAUGUCUGUUUUAAACUUCCACUGGAGGCGUCGUAAUUAUUGCUGAAAAUGAUUAGGCUUAUUCCUCAUUUAAAUCCCCAGCACAGUUAAAAACUACAUAACACUGGCCUGUAUACGAGAAUAUUAUGUAAGAGAUUCAGAACUGUUUGCAUUUGAGCCAUUUUAUGCUAUAAUAUCUGAAGUUAUACUAAAUGCAGAGAAUUUGAUGUAUAAAAUAACCAUAAAUGUUUUAUUAGGCCUAGCGUACAUUUUUAAAAACAGUUUGUUGAAACGCUUUAUUUUAUUUUUAGUCAUAUAUCACUCAAUUCCCCAAUUUACUGCAUUAAAAAUAUUUUAAUUUGGCACGAAAUUUAAGUCAUUGUCCUUUGGUCCUUUUUCGUAAAAUGCAUUAAUAAACUAUAUAAAAAUGUAGGUUAUUGGAUUUAUUCCGUUGGUUAAAUCGUCCUUUCUUCAGUAAAAUUAAUUAUCGAUAAAAAUACACAACAUUAAUUCAUUGCUAUAGCAUAUUUAAAGUGGGAAAUUCAAGCUGCACAGAAUAGGAAUUUAUUUUAAAAUAUUAUAAUUAUGAUUCUAAAAAUCAUGUGAUCCAUUUUGCAAAACGAAUUUUUAGUUUUAGUUUUGUUGAACUUAUUCUUAAUUAAAAUUCAUUAAAAGGUUAAUCAGCUUUAAAAAUUCGUUAAAGCGCUUCAGAAAUGUUUUGAAACACAGUACUUAGGCUAUGCUUAAAAAAACUAACGAAAUAAAUGUUGGCCAAUAACGAAGGAUAAAACAAAUAAGUUAAUCAGUAUUAGUAAACUAAAUUUAUACGGAAAAGCCUUAUUAGUGCUAAAUUAAUGCAAAAUAAAAAAAAAUAUUUUUCACAAAGACUUCUUGUUUGUCAUACUGCACAAUCAGAGCAGUGGCAAGUUGGAUAAAAUAUUAUGAAAUGAUAAGCAGUUUUUAUUUUGAUAAAUAAUCAGUUUAAUGUAAUCUUUUUUUUUUCUUCUUCUAGAUAUCGAGAUACAAUAGGCUAUCUAGUAGUGGGUAAAAAAGGAAAAUAAAAUAUAUAAACAAAGUAUGUCAGACGCCCAUUUAAAUAUUUAAGGACUUUAUUAAUAUUGUUUUAUUUAUUAUGCCAUAUGAUCAUAUAUUAGCAUAAAUUAAGAUAUAGCCUAUCGUUAAUUUACCAAAUAACAAGAACUAAAUUCUUCAACUUAUUUAUCAACAUAUAGUUUUUUCUUUCAAUUUAAAGUCUUUAAUAUACACAACAAAUAUCAAAUGUAAAAAAAAUAAAAACAAGUUCUUCUUAACUGCUUGUCACGGAAGAGGAAGCAUUGCUUCUCUAAAAUCAGUGUCUUUAUCGAUCAUUAAGUUCUUACUAAUUUUAUCAAAAACGUUUAAAAAGACAAUGAUCAUUAUAAGCUAAAUCAAAAAUAAUUAGCCUAUAUAAAUACAAUGUAAAAACCCUGCUGGCUUUAUUUUAAUUAAGUGAAGAUUUGUAAGUGAAGUAUCUUAGGCCUAAUACUAAAUUUUCUCUGUAUGGGUGUUAGUAUUUGGAGAAAUAAUUUAGAAAUCCACAGUAAUAUUUUAUAAUUAUUUUGUAAACUGAAUUAGUAAUGUAAUGCACAAUAUCCCUUGUACAGCAUGUUUUCCUUUGAUCUGGUUGAGGACAUAAGAGGAGAAGAUUUUUGUACUCACUGCUGUGAAGAAACUUACUGUUCAAAAUGAAUCAUAAAAAUGUGUUCAUCUAGAUUCAUCAAUUUAUAUCUAUGUUCAUGUAUUUCAAUCACAAUUGUAUAUCUAAUAUAUGGCCCUUUAUCAGCCAGUAGAAAGUAAGUAUAUCUGACUCCACUGCUUCAGCACAAGUCCAAAGGAUUUGCUAAAGUCGCAUUCAGGUCUACUUUGGACCAUUGGUGCUAAAUGAAACCCUUUCUGGAAAAAAAUGUUGGACAGUUUCCUAUUGGAGGAUUAUGAUGAUGCACUUUAUUAUAUUAUUGAUGAGCUGAUGGUGCUUGUUUUUGGCGUUUCAGAAGUAACAGAAUCUGAUGGGUGGCACGAGACACCGGCACUCAACGGGACACCGGCUGAACCUGGCGACCAUAAACAGCCUAUCCACUUGUAGGCUACUCGCUGUGUAGGUAGCGAGAACCGAAACCUUCCCCUGUCUUUUCUGUCUUUUAAAUUGCGCGAAAAAAAGUAGCCUAACCGGUCGUGUAUUUCCACAAAAAUUUGUACAUUUCAACGGCGUUUGAAACAACGUUCCAGUAGCCUAACCAAAUCCAGACAGUAACCAAAAAAAAAAGUUAUCUUACAGUUUAGUCAUUAUAGCCUACGCUAAAUCUAUAUUGUUGCGAAAAAUUACCUUCGCGUGAGGAGGUAACCAUAGCAACGGUUGAUCGAUCGUUAUACAUCUCUAUAGCGGAACUUAUAACCAACAAAAUCUGUCAUUAUCACGUUGUUGUAGCUGUACACAUCACAAAUGUAUCGCAAAAAUCUGCGCUUUGUUUAUAACAACUUAUAGGCUAGUUGACAGUUAGACAACUGCGCUAGGGGCGCCAAAAGACAAUUUGGGUUGCGCUAGCCGAACCUCAGCCGAUUGCGCCCAGAAAAUUACUGACAGAAAGUCUCUCUAAAAUGUCGACCCCCCCCGAAACUCGCUGAAUAAUUCGCGCAGUGAUCAUCUUCAGGCUAGAGCAGGCAAGCUAGGACUCUAGCUAUUCAUGUAGCUACUUCCUGCACUUUUGGUCGUGUUCUAUUUGAGUUCUUUUUUUAACCGUCUAUCCCUGUGUGUACAGUCUGGCUCGGUGUUCAGUAAUCCGCGCCGUCCAUGAUUUUCCCACAGCCCUACUAAUGCCCCAAAGCCGCAGCUGCCACACGCUGCCAGUUGCUACAUUGAUCAAUAAUUUACCAGCUCGACGCCUCAACGACCCGCUACCCCGGUGCAGCCUCGGGUCGAAUGAGGCGACAACCGAUAUUUACUCACGCGGAGGGGACGUUUAUUCUCCCGUGCUUUAAAUGCAGCGUCAGUAAGCUUUAGCCAACAGGCAAGAUCCCUUCGGUGCGUCUACGGAUUAGACUGUCGCAAUGUGCGCGCCGCGUAUUGGUGACUGCAACGGCAUUUGAGGACGCCUCUCGCGUUCAUCUGUCCGGGAACAGCGGGGGUCCCGUUAUGGUGCGGGAGAUGCAGUCAAGACAAACAGGAACUGACUUCAGGACAUAAAGACGAAGAAAAUCACUCACGGUCACGCAGAACGUCUAGCACGAGCGGUUCUGCGUACACCGGCGCUCGCGGAGAAUUUCAACCGAGCUUGUGAAUUCCCCGGUCGGUGCCGCCAGCGAGGCUCCAUCGUGACAGCAGGAGAAAUAUAUUUUAAACGGAACGGUUCACAGUAUAGCCUACGCAAGCAGUGCCCAGGGACGGCGAUAAUCCAUCGUUCCGUAAAGUGCAGGAGAAAGCUUUACUUUACAGACGGGACAAACUCUGGGAAACAGCCCGACUUGUUGAGUUCUUUUUUCGCUUCCGGUAUCACCGAAGAAACCGACUGGUGCACCCGCUCCCUCUCCUCUUUUUUGGACGCGGAAGGUUUUAAAGAAAAAUGGGUCUUUGAGGAGAGCUGGCAAAUUCUCCUCAACUACAAUGGCCACAGAAUCGUAUCUGGUGCAUGAUGGUCCCCAUCGAGCCCCGGGCAUCUCAGAGUGUUUCCUAGUGCCUGAAUCCUACAGGGAUGAAUUCCAUCCCUUCAUCGAGGCUCUCCUCCCGCACGUGCGGGCGUUCUCCUACACCUGGUUCAACCUGCAGGCCCGCAAGCGCAAGUACUUCAAAAAGCACGAGAAACGCAUGUCCAAGGACGAGGAGCGCGCCGUCAAAGACGAACUCCUGGGCGAGAAGCCCGAGAUCAAGCAGAAGUGGGCGUCGCGGCUGCUGGCCAAAUUGCGCAAGGACAUCCGGCCGGAAUUCCGCGAAGACUUCGUGCUCACCAUCACGGGGAAGAAGCCGCCGUGCUGCGUGCUGUCCAACCCCGACCAGAAGGGCAAGAUCCGCCGCAUCGACUGCCUGCGGCAAGCCGACAAGGUCUGGCGCCUGGACCUGGUGAUGGUGAUCCUGUUCAAGGGGAGCCCGCUGGAGAGCACCGACGGAGAGAGACUGGUCAAGUCCCCGCAGUGCUCCAACCACACCCUGUGCGUGCAGCCGCACCACAUCGGAGUGUCCGUCAAGGAGCUGGACCUGUACCUGGCCUACUUCAUCCACAUGCCAGAAUCUGGGCAAUCAGACAACUCCAAUCAACAAGGAGAGUCGGACAUCAAACCCCCACCAAACGGACAUCUGAGUUUUCAGGACUGCUUUGUGACUUCAGGGGUGUGGAACGUAGCCGAGCUGGUACGAGUGUCUCAGACCCCCGUUGCAACAGCAUCAGGUCCUAAUUUCUCUCUUGCGGAUCUGGAAAGUCCCGGUUACUACAAUAUCAACCAAGUAGCACUCGGCAGACGUUCACUUGCCUCUCCUCCAUCCACAAGGUCUGAGGUGGAGCUGUACGCCAGUCUUCCUCGGAGCUCUAAUAAGCGUAAGUCUAUAGAUGACAGUGAGAUGGAGAGUCCUGUCGAUGAUGUCUUCUACAGUCGUUCUCCGGCCGGCACCAGCUCCCAGUCCAGCGGCUGGCCGAAUGAUGUCGAUGCAGUUGCAGUGCAGCACCAUUUGACGAGUGUUCAAGAGAGGAAGAUAAAACAUGAAAAUGAUGGUGUGCAGUUUCCUUACCAUGGGCUGUCCUCUCCUGGGUCUCUAAAGAAGCCAGCGGGGAAAUUCGAUUUCAGCGCCCUGUCAGCACAGACGAGGUCCCCCCGAAUGGCCUUCACACACCACCCGCUGCCCAUGCUGGCAGGCGUGAGACCAGGGAGUCCGCGUGCCUCAGCCUCUGCCCUUCAUUUUCCUGCUCCCUCCAUCAUCCAGCAGUCCAGUCCAUACUUCACCCACCCCACCAUCCGUUAUCACCACCAUCAGGACCCACUCAAAGAGUUCGUCCAGUUCGUUUGUGCUGACGGCUCGGGGCAGCCGGGGGCACAGCCUAACGGGAGCGGUCAGAACAAACUGCCCGGCUCCUUCUUACUGCCACCUCCUCCUCCUCCGGUAGCGCGGCCGGUGCCGAUGCCCCUCCCCCUGCCCGAGCACAAACCCAGCCACACACACCCCGAGAGCGGAGUCGGCUCCCCGGCCUCGCCCUCAGCAUACCCAGCGCCAGGCUCCACAGCUUCCAACAGGUUUGUCGGCAUCGGAUCACGGGACAACAACUUUCUGAACAUCCCACAGCAGACUCAGUCAUGGUUCCUUUGACGAGACUUUUCAUGAACCACACAGACACAAAUCCACAAUGAAAACUGGAAACGGAGUCACAAAGCUAAGUAUGGAACUUUCCCACACGCCCCCCUGUAAAGUCUCUCUCACACACAAACACAAGCACAAAUACACACACAAUUCCCCAAACCGCUGACACCCUCUCUGGAAUGAGGGAUCUGGAAGACUUCAGCAUUACCCUGCCAGUCUGGACAGCUCGGAGAACCAAACAAAGGAACGACAAACCGACGUCUUCGUCGUGUUCCCGAGACAUCCAGCACAUUGACCAAUCCCGUCUACCUUCCUUUAAUUUGUUCAUCCGCCAUGGUGAGGAAAUCCAUCUCUUCCUAGUCAGAACUCUAUUCAGAAAUUGAAAUCAUCAAAAAGGGACAUUUGAAACGGACAUGUAACCUGGAUGAAGUCGGACACGUGUGAUUGGAUGGAGAGACUUGGCUGGAGCCUUCUGAUUGGCUCAGGCUUACACUUCCUAAUCUGGAUUUGCUGAUUUUGGUGACGCCCUCCAGUGCAGUGUGAACUCGGCAUCCUCUCACUGUUUACCAGUUGACAAGCAAUAGACUGUGAGCGAAAAAACAGAUAACACUAACCGAGUGCAAUUCACCUAAACAUAUGCACUAUGAUAAGGGAUGACAGAAGCUUUGGCCUAAGGUUUGCGAUGUGGAGUCAGGCUACAUGUUUGUAAGGUAAAACACACACAGAUGAGUACCAGCAGAGCAAUACACACACGUCAGCGACAGCACUACACAGCAUCAUAUUUUUACAGAUCACAGGAAUGGGAAGGGUCAAGCACGAGUAACUUUAAUGUUAAGCUUGUGACUCAACGAACAUUUUUCAUUUUGUAGUGUUUAUGAAUUAAAAGGCCAGUGAUUUGAGUCAUAAAACCGAUUCGCAUGAACUAACGAGGGUUUUGGUGCAUCCAUCGCUGACCUCUUCGCUACCAUCGAUCAAUUGGAGUGCUUGUGCAUCGCAUCAUAUCCUACAGUCAGCCCUGCACACAAGGGCUUCUUCUGCUUUACUUUGCGUUUGGUUUUGCAGUACUUUUUUUUUUUUUUUUUUUUGGUCAAUGUCAAAAAAAAAACUAAUUCAGGUCAUAUAUCACCCCAAAACCAAAAUUCAAAAAUUGUAUUUUGAAAAUAAGACAGAAAUAUGAUUUUUAAAAAAGCUUAUUUAAUAAUUAUUUAUUGUGAAAUAGUCAUUAAAAAGUAAGCCAUUUUUUCUGAAAUUCUCAUGCAAAAAAAAAAAAAAAUCAGUUUUCAUCCAUAAUUUACUUUUACUAAUGAGAAUUAUGGAUGAAAAUGUGCUUAAUUGUCAUAAAAAAUAUUGUCACAAUGCAAUCAAUCUCAGUGACCCCAAAAUAGGCUUCAAUUUCAUGUUUUAAAAUAUAUAUAUAUUUUUUUUUUUUCAUUUAUUUAUUUUGAUUCUGGAAUGUGACCUGGAUGUGUUUUUGUGACAUUCGCCCUUUCACUUGUGUUUGUUUUCUGGUUUUGUGCGAUUUUAGUUUGCAUAACAUAGCCGCUUCUGCUCCGGCAGAUCGGACUGCAUGUGGAAUUGUGCUUUUUUGUUUUUAGAGUAACAGGUUAAGAUCAGCUCUCCUUCAACUAGAAUGUGACUUACAAACAGACAAUCUCAAGUUUUCCUUUUGGAGCUUCAUUAAUUAGAUGUUUUGGAUGGCUAUUAUGUCGACAGUGCUCUGCCCUUCCUGCCAAUCACAUUUUCCAUCACUUUACAGUUCGUUCAUUCAACUUUACCACUGCUUUUUUUUUUUUUUUCCUCCACUGCUCAGUUUAUUGUUUCAGUUCACCGGUACAGCCUGACUCGCACGACAAUCUACUCACGGCUGCCAUUUCAUUUAGCCUAUCAGCACAGUGCUCAACUAAAGUACAUACAUGCACACGUACACAAACAUUGCACUAUGACACACACCCACUUCCUUAAAGGACAAAGGGAAACCUUUAAACUCAAACCCCUCUAUCAAACAUGAUUUUACAACAUGCAUCCUAUUUAAAGUACAGCAUAUUUAAAAUUUAGAUGAACUCGAAAAAGAAAAUGCUCGAAACCACUGACCUCACUAAAUAACUGGACUGCCUGGCUGUCAAUCACAUUGUCAGGGACUCUGAUUGGCUGAGAGCUGACGAUUUCAUCAUUCACUUGAAACACAUCAAAGUGCCUCGUGUCCCCUUUACAUGCAAUUCAGGGUCUUCACUUCAUGUAUAAGCUACAGAAAAUAUGUACAAUAUGUAUCAUGGGCUUGGCAAACAACAUAUGAGCAACUGCAAACAUCAUAUUUAUAGAUAGAUGCUAUCCAGAACAUAUCGUACUCAUACUGUGUGUGUAUAUAUAUAUAUGGACAUAUGUAUAGUUCUUCCGCUGUGAAAUUAGCUCUAUGGCAGUCUAGUUAUUUUUUGACCCUUGACCCGAGUCAGUGAUGUCAUAUGAAAACGUCCAAACAUAUGAAACCCAAAAACAUCAGAUCAUCUCGUCAGAACCGCCUGAACCGUCGUAUCAGGUCAGUGCAGAUCAAAAACAGGACACAAAUACACCUUCAGAACAGAAACCAAUUCUUCAGAGAAAACACAAAUUCUCUUUGUUGAAAAGUGUUAUUAUUGAGAGAAAAAAAAAAGUUCUAUGUGGACUGAGCCGUGUGCAAUGUGUUGGGUAGAUAUCUGUGUUUGUCUUCAGAUUUUUAAGAAAGCGAAGCAAGUGAAAAAAAGACUAAAAAAAAAAAAAAGUUGAAGUCUGCAAGCUCCUGGACUCUAAACACGAGGGCCACAAAAAGAAUCCCAGUCUUUGUAAGCGUUAAAGUGGGGAAGUUAAUUUUUACUUUUCGUUUAUCUUUUUUUAAUGUUUUAUUUGUAAGCUUUUGUUUUUAAACUAUUUUAGGGGUGGGGGCCGAAGGAACGAUUUUACAAAAGCAAAUGUAUAAUGACAAAAAAAAAAAUUAAAUAAAUACUGGUGCUUCUGUUACUCAAGCGCAAAUAAUACCACACCAGAACGACUGUUUCUGACGAGACAUGUUUUGCAAGCCUCUGUUUCUCUCUUCUUCUCUUUUGUAUUUACUGAGGGGGUUCAGAUUUUUAUAUAUAUAUUUUGGUUCUGACAAAAGGCAUUUUACUACAACCUUUAAGAAAGCAAUGCCCCUUCUUAUUCCUUCAAAUGUCGAGAUAAGUGGUGCAUUCAAGUUUGUUGGAAAGAUUGUAUUUGACAUGAACGCCACAAUGAAGUCAGCAUCUGUAAUUAGCGGUAAGGUUGUUAAAAUGUCUGAAAUUGUUUUUCAUUUACAAUGAACUUGCAUAAUAAAUUAUGAUAGUACUCCACAGUAGCGAUAUAAUCCAUAACAAUUGCACCUUCAUAAAUUGAAUAAAAACUCAAAAAAAAACAAAAAAAA